GACUUCUGCUUUUUGCUGUCUACCAGAGCUGGAGGAUUAGGUAUUAAUUUGGCAUCUGCUGACACUGUAGUUAUAUUUGAUUCUGACUGGAAUCCACAGAACGAUCUGCAAGCGCAGGCUAGAGCUCAUAGGAUUGGACAGAAGAGACAGGUUAAUAUUUAUCGGCUAGUCACAAAAGGAUCAGUAGAAGAAGACAUUCUUGAAAGAGCCAAGAAAAAGAUGGUGUUAGAUCACUUAGUCAUUCAGAGAAUGGACACUACAGGGAAGACUGUACUACAUACAGGCUCUACUCCUUCCAGUUCAACACCUUUUAAUAAGGAAGAGUUAUCAGCAAUUUUGAAGUUUGGUGCCGAGGAACUUUUUAAAGAACCUGAAGGGGAAGAAGAGGAGCCUCAGGAAAUGGAUAUAGAUGAAAUACUGAAGAGGGCUGAAACUCGAGAAAAUGAGCCAGGCCCACUAACUGUAGGAGAUGAGCUGCUUUCACAGUUCAAG